AUGAUGACACGAUAUGAACCCAAAUCGAACCCUGAUGGAAGAAAAGUUUCGAGACGACUACGUGAGGAAACAAUUAUAACAUCUGAUGGGACCACGGAAAGACUUGAACUAGAAGAACGUGAUCAAGAGGAAUAUUAUUAUGUAAAUUCGCGUGCUCAAACGCCUGUUCGAAGACGGUCUUCGUUGGAUUCAAAUACUGUCACUGUUAACUUUCCAAAUGAUGAUCGACUCUUAAAUACCACUACCGUAUGUUACAAAUUCUUUCUUUUUUCCACCUACGGUUCUCUUGAGCUUUAUCUUCUAAAGCAUUUUUAUCACCAGGCGUUCCUCACAUAA